AUGGCUGAUGAGGAGGAUCAAUUGUUUACCGUCGAAGACUACGAAAAACGGGCACGGGAAAUACUGCCCUACGUCUACCUGCUAUACUACAGCUACGGGCGAGAACGAGGAUGGUGCCUCAAAGAAAGCACAGAGGCAUUUUCAAGAUCUCGUCCCUUUUCGUCAUCACAGGGAAGUGAUUUUAACGAGAUCUCGUCAUCACAGGAGAUGGUUGAUGAGAUCCCGUCAUCCCCAGUGAGGUGCUUGACGAGAUCACGUCUCUUUUUGUCAUCAGUUCUCAGUGCUGCAGCAGCAGAAGCUCUCAUGGUCCUCUCCGUCGUCUCCAGUACAACCAUUGCUGAUGUUUCGGCAGCUGCUCCAGGUGGCCUCCGUUGGAUGCAGACAUAUCUCUUCAAUGAUCGUUUACUGACACAGCACGUCGUACGUGAAGCUGAGAGGGCGGGCUUCAAAGCUCUCGUGAUCACUGUUGACUCGCCUGUUCCCGGUAUUGACUCAAAAGUCCGAGCAGCUCUGAACAAGGAGACAGCCAGUUUUGCAUUUCCCAUGAGUAAUUUUGAGGCAGACAUUCCUUCUUCAAGAGCAGCCAAGGCAGAAGGAGACACAAGAUAUGUACAAUAUUUACAUCAGAUGCAGUAUAAUGACUCGGCUACUUGGGAGGACAUCAGAUGGAUAAAAUCAAUAACAAAUCUUCCAAUUGUCUGUAAGGGAAUUGUGUCUGCUGACUCGGCAAGGGAAGCAGCGGACGCAGGGGUUGAUGGGAUACUGGUGUCAGCUCAUGGUGGAAGACAAUCAGAUGGUGCUCCUGCUCCAAUCGAUGCAUUGGCCGAGGUAGUAGAUGCAGUCCGUGGUCGUGGGAUAGAGGUAUACAUGGAUGGAGGAAUAAGGACAGGAACAGAUGUCUUCAAGGCUCUUGGGAGGGGUGCAAGAGCUGUGUUUGUAGGAAGACCUAUUUUGUGGGGACUAGCUUGCCAGGGUUCCAAAGGUGUUUCAAAUAUUUUGGAAAUUCUCAGAAGCGAACUAGACAAUGCCUUAGCAAACAGUGGUUGUACGAGUCCUGAUUGCAUCCCAUCUGAUAUGGUUGUCCAUGAAUCAUAUUUUCAUCGGAAUCCCCCAAAGAGCAAGAUGUAGUUUGGCGGAAGGCAGCCAGUUUG